UUGAACAGCUGCCGCAGUCCAAGCAGAAUCUUCAUCAAACGUACUUUACUUAAGAUUUGUCAGCUCCAAACACCAUCGCUGCAUAAGACUUUAGAACAUGUGAUAUUAGCUUCUAUUGCGGAAAUGCAAGAUUUUCUGUUUUGGCUUUCGAAGCGUCAUUGUUUAAACCACAGGGUUCAAAGAGUUUGAAAAAAGCAACAGCGUAUCGUCCUGGAAAUUACAGCAUAUAAGAUGUCACGGCUAUGAUAACAUUACAUUUUUGUUGUCCAAACGUUGUCAUGUUGCGUACGGAAAGUUCCGUGGCUGAAGGAGGACGAGCUGUCUGUCUGGCCGAUAGCCAUAAAAGUCUAAAAAGCUGUAAGAUUCUGCUCGGGGUAACGCUGAAAACGGCAAAAAAAUGCCAGAGUAACAUAAAAGAACCACAAAUCAAUAUCCAAAGCUGGUCGAGGGAAAUUUGAAACAUGUGGCCUUCGUUAUUCAGAUGAAGUCGUUAAAUGGCAGUAUGGGACAGAACCUUAAGACAGCGGUGUUCAAACUUUGUCUGCCGAGGGCCACAUACAGGACAAAUGAAAGGGUGCGGCAUGAUGUACUGUACCUUUUAAAAAUUUGACUGUAUAUUAUUGGGAGCAGCCAGGUUGCGUCUGUUGUCUCAAUAUACACAUGCUAUACAUCCAAACAACCGCAAGAAUGUCAGCUAAAAGCUCAACCAAGCCAAUUUCAGGAAAACAAACAAUUCAAACCACAAGCACUUAAAUGGGCAAAUAUGGAAGACAAGCAAGCAGUUUGAGAGCAACAAGUGUCAUUCGUCGACCGCUAAAACUCACUGAACAUUAUUUUGUAACUUAUCCAGUUACAAAGAUUUUCACAUAUACAGUAACCAUCAAAGUACAUUCCUACCAACAUAAUCCACAUCUUUUUUGCAAAAAAAAAAUGGUCUAAGAGGUUAAUGUUCUAUGCAUUGUCAUCUCAAGCACAGACUAAUUUCAGCUGUUGAAGUGAAUGCACAUCAGCACUUCCACACUGCAAUGCCACAAAUUGAUUGCGCCAUGCCAUUUUCCCUGUAAAACAUGUGAAAUGAACAGCCUUGCCUAUGGUACAGUCCACUCCUCAUCAAAAUUUCAAGACCAGUUGAAAGAUUGCAAGAAUUGAUAUUUUACCCUGUUGGUUCUAAGUGGAGCUUCAGAAUGCCAAAAGAAGAAAUGGGAAUGAGACAAAAAAAACUUUGAGUAAGCAAUUUAUUGCAGACAAGCAUUAAAGUGAAAUAGGCUGUUCAUCAGCUGAUCAAAGGUUUAAGACCAUAGCUCUAAAAAAGCCCGAACCCCUCCCUAAAAUAAAAAUAAAAUGUUAAAAAAGGCAGUGAGUAGUGAGUAGCUGCAUCACUUCAAAAAUUAAUUUAGGCAUGCUUGAUGGAAAAUGUUGGUCCAGGUGGUGAAGAUGGCUUCACGCAGGGCAUCCACUGUCUGGAACUGAUGUCCAUUUUUGUAAAUCCGCCCCCAAAUGUUCUCAAUUGGAUUUCAAUCAGGGGAACACACAGGAUGGUCCAAAAGAGUGAGCUUAUUCCUCUGGAAGAAGUUCUUUGUCUGGCGGGCAUUACAGCGUUGUCCUGCUGGAAAAAGCCAGUCAUUACCACACAGACGAGGGCCUUCAGUCAUAAGGGAUGCCCUGUGCAACAUCUCCACAUAGCCAGAUGCCAUUUGACGCCCCUGCACAACCUGAAGCUCCAUUGUUCCAUUGGAUCAUGAUGGCGCCCCCUCCACUGUGCUGUGUGGAGAACAUCUCAGGUGGGAUCUCCUUGUCAUGUCAACGUUGGAAGCAAUCAGGACCAUCAAGCUUACAUUUUUUCUCAUCAAAGAAUAGAACUUUCUUCCACCUUUCCAUGUCCCAUGUUUGGUGCUUUCGUGCAAAUUCCAAACGGGCAGUUUUGUGGCCUUGAAGGAAAUGUUCUUGUUCUUAAAGCCUUCUCUCGGAGAUGCCGUCUGAUGCUUAUUGGACUGCACUCAGCACCAGUAACAACCUUCAUUUGGGCCGAGGAUGGUCCUGUGUCUUCACAGACAGCCAAUGGGACGUUUUUUUGGGUCUACCACUUGACUUUUGUGUUCCAUAACCCUCAGGAUCUUUGAAGUUUCCAAUGACUGUCUUACUGCGUCCAACCUCAGCAGCAAUGGCACGCUGCGAGAGGCCUUGCUUAUGCAGCUCAACAAUCCCACAGCGUUCAAAGAGAGAAAGCUUUUUUGCCUUUGCUAUCAAGAGAUGAUGAGAGUAUGAUUACCUGCCACAAAAUAACAUUCAAUACACAUUUUGGCAAGAUUUUGGCUUUUUAAAGGCUUUGCUCUUAAACAUUUGAACAGCUGAUGAACAGCCUAUUUCACUUUAAUGCUUGUUUGCAAUAAAUUGCUUUUUUUUUGUGGCUCACCUCUAUUUCUUCAUUUUGCAAUUUGAAGCUCCACUUGGAACCUCCUUAACAUUCAACAGUGCAAAAUGUCAAUUCUUGCUCUUUUUGUACUUUAGAGAGCGAAACAACUCAGCAUCUUUUUUAUGGUUGCCAUCUUGCUUUGUGAGUGCCUCAUACCACGGAGCACAGCACUUUUUUUUAUAUCUAUCCUGGGCAGCCUCAAAGUCAAACAUGGCAUAUGUGUUCUGUAGAAUUGCUUCUCCAAGUUUUGUAUUGUGGAUUUCUUUUCUUUCUUUUUUUUUUUUUUUUUUUUUUUUUUGCAUACUGGCUUUCCAAUUUUCAUAUUCUGUGCUCUCCAGUAGUAGUAAGAGAGAAAAGUAUCUUUUUAGUAGGGGUGGAUGACACAGCAAAUUUUUGGUUUCAAUCCGAUACCAAGUAAAUACAGUGCCAGUAUUGCCCAUACCGACAUGUUUUACUUGAAAUUUUAAGACCGUUGAAUGAUUUAGCCUGUAAUUUGUCGAUUAUGAUUACAAUCAGAAUAAAACACAGGACAAAGAUAUCAAUCUGAUACCGACACUUCUUUUGGUAUUGAAGCAAUCAAUCAAUUAAUUUGGCUCAAUCAGCCCCACCCCUACAUUUGAGGGGGCGUGUCUGUAAAUAUUCUACAAGAACGCGCAGAUAGGACAAUUACAGUAGCUGUUUUGAUGAUUUUGGAAGUUUUCCCCUGGUGUUUCCUCUGGAACACAUUUGGCUGCCUUCGUCUGCCACGGAGAGAGACGUGGUGGGAGCUUGUUGACAGUACACUGUGACUGGGGACGCCUCACAUGGGUGGGAGGGCUUCCAUGCCCUUAAAACGUUUGAUCACAGCAAAGCUGUGUUGAGACGGCCUUCAGCUGUAGCAUCUCUCUUUGUUUCUUCCACUUUCUCUGACUUUGUUUCUAAGAACAUUGCCACCUUUGACGUUGGUAGAAGUGAUUUAAAAAAUUAAGAAAAAAAAGUGAACGGGCACAAAAAUAAGUCAUUUCAAAAUAAAACUGAUGUGUUUUUUUCCGAAACCUGUUUCUUGGAGUGUCUUGAGUGAGUGAAGAAUUUGUUUUUCUCAUGUUUUUAUAUCCACGUGCGGCAUGAGGUUAUAGGAAUCACGUACCAUUCAAAAAAUGUUGUUUUUAUAUGAAAAUACGAAAGGUAGUGUUGACUGCUCCAAAACAGCCCAAACACGGAGCUCAGGCAGGAAACAGGAAGCGACUGACACCAAUCAAGUAAACGAGCGCCUACGUGGACCAGUGACACUUUGUGAAGAAGCAAUUAAUUGAAGUUGCAGCGUUGUCACAUGUGCAAUGCGUCUGCAGUAAAAGGUCAUCUGUCACAGCGUUGCAGUGUGUGUGAGCAUUUUAAUGACAUUCCUCAUGGCCACUGUUCAUCAAACCACGGGUCAGCUACGGCGUGAUGUUCAGUUAGGCACUGAUCUGGAAGCAAAGACUAAAUUAAUUGAAUCCACAGUGUUAAGCUUGAGGAGUAAAAAUCUACACAAAGAUACACACAUGAUAUUUAUGUAUAUAUUAUUGGUUAUUGGCUUCUUGUGUCUAUUCCAAGGGUGUCCAAACUUUUUCCAGUGAGGGCCACAUAGUGAAAAAUGAAAGGACUCAACAUUGAUAUUUUGUAAUACGCUAAGAAGUUAUAUAUAUAUUUCAAGAAAAAACUGCAUAUCAGACUUGUGAUAUGGGUGAAAAAGCCUAUUAUUAGUAUCUACUUUGCUGUUUGCUUGUUUUUUUUUGUGCUAUUUUUGUAGUUUCUUUUUCAAUUUUCCAAAUAUUUCAUCUUUCUUCUUAAUUUUCUUUUUGUAAUUGUAUACCUUUUAUUCCCAUAAUAUUAUAACUUCUUCUCUGACAUAAUUUUCCAAAAUGACAACUUUGUUUUGUUUUGUUUGUUUCUAAUAAUGUUAUGACUUAAAAACCAAAAAUUUUUUCUUUAAUAUUUCAGCUCUACGCUACUAAAAUGACCUUAUAAAAUUGCUUUUUUUACCUCAAGAAUAUGACUCUUUUCUCUUAAUAUUUUGACUUUAUUCUUGUAAAAUUGCAAAAGCUUUUUUUUUUCAUUUCUGCGUAUUCAUUUCUUCUCAUAAUUAUGACUUUAUUCCCAGAACAGUAUAACCUUUUAACCUAAUUUGAACUUAAAUUAACUUUAUUCAUUGUGUUUUUUUCAUAACAUUGAUUUUAAAAAAUAACAAAUUUCUGCUACUAAAAUGAAAUAAUUUUUCCUCAUAAUAUUAAGUUAUUCUGGUUUUGGUUUUGACUUUAAUUAUUGUAAAAAUACUGUUGAUUUUUAAAAUGUUUGCUCUUGUUGUUUUUUAAGGCAUUCUUGUUAAAUUAUAUUUUUAGAAUGUGUCGCGGGCCAAUAAAAAAAACGCCGCAGGCCACAAAUGACCCCAGGGCUGCACUUUGGACACCCCUGGUCUAUGCUAUACCUCCAGCGUCACGGUGCCAAAAUGAAAGGUCUGUCAUGAAUGAAUUGGUGACCGAUUUCCUUCAUUUCAAAGCAUCUAUCAUGGCUCAAAUGUCAACAAAAAUGAAUGGUCUGUCAGGCUUUGAAACUGGAAUACAUCAAUAGCACGAUUAAUAAAGGAAUAAAUCAUACAUAAUAAGGGAUAUUUGGAUUGAUUCGCCCACCCCGACCAAGGACACACCGGAGGUAUUAUGAUUCACCUUGGCAACUCGUUGGUGGAACUGGAGAAGGUAUCCAGAGGCUGGGAAGUCUAGGCUGAGACUGCUGCCCUGACGACCCGGAUAAGCAGAAGAACAUCGAUGCAGUGAUUAGAAACUCUUCUGGAGGAGGUUUCAACGUGAUAAACUUUGAAACUCUAAACCAUAUGUUCACAAAAAGUAUCUUUUGUGUGAUAAAAGUCCUUGCUUUGUUACCCCCAACCUGCUACAGUGGAGCCCCUUUAUGUCGACAACCCGCAACUCAUCUAGUCCACAGUCCAGUGUUGUUCUUCUGACUAAAAAGUGCCCACUUAAGUCGACAUCGACAUACACAGUUUACCGCUUUUCGUAUUUUUUCAUGGAAUUUUAAAACACAGGACCCCGGGUAGACACUACGAAAGAAAUGCAAAAUACGUGUCUUCCCGGAAAAAAUGGGAGGGGUGAUACUGCAAAUUUUGGUCUUGAUGUGAUACCAUACUUCUUACUUGAAUUUUUUCAUUAAAGGUCAUUAAAUGAUUUUUGACAGUUUUAUAAACAAACUGUAUUUGUGAGCAAGUUAAUAUAUCAAUUAGGGCUGUCAAUCGAUUAAAAUGUUUAAUCGCUAUUAAUUGCAUUGCAUUUUAACUCAUAAUUAAUUGCAGAAGUUUUAAUCUAUAAUAAAUAGGGAUAUAAAUGUCUUUGUGGUAAUACACAACUACGAUAAGUACAUCAAAUUUUAUGUUUUAUUUUUUUAUAUAUAUAUUUUUUUAAAGGUAAGAUUUGAUUACCUUAUUGAGUGCUAAUGUGCAUAUUUGUGGUACACAACCUCAUUGGGAAAAAAAAAGUCUAGGCUGUAUCUGUAUUCAUUUAGUGCUUUUAAUUUGAUGUUGUUCCUGUCAUAGUUUUACACAAUAAAGAAGAUAAAUUGAUUGCUAUGAUGUACAUAUGUUUUACUGAUGUGUUGGUGACUAGCUAGUGCACUGCCAGGGCUAGCUAGCGCUGAAUUGACACAAGCCCUGACAAAGUGUCCUCGGCUAUGUCUGCCAUUAAUUUGAAGCACGUAUCCCAAUUUUAGUUUGCAGUUCCAAGCAAAAAAUCAGCCCAGAGAUGGCUCGCUUCUAAAAACAAAAAAAAUACUUGUGAGUGGGACACUGAUAUGCCGUACCACUGUAUAAAUGUCAAUUAAAAAAUACAGGCAGCGCUUCAGUACCUUUCCCGCUUCUCUCAGGCAAGUCGACGACGACCUAGUUCGUGACAAUGCCAAUCACAGUGACAGUAGAUACUAAUAACAUUCCUCUUGUUGCGAGAGCCAUCUGUCAGGCCUUUGAAAUUAAAUUUACCAAUCAAAAAAACAAUUUCUUUCUCCAUUUCUACUCAAUAUUUGCUCCAGCUUGUAGCUACACGGUGACGACUACAGUGUCGCCCGAGGGUCAAACAGGACGUGCAAACGUUAAUCGCGCGUCCAAAACUUCUGUUAACUCGUUAACUUUGACAGCCCUAAUAUAAAUACAACAAAAUAAGAUACUCUAAAAACAUCAGAAAAAUAAGAAAAUGGUCUUAUUACAGACAAUUGUAUGAGGAAAAUAAGGUCAAUAGUGCAAAAUAAAUAAAGAAAAGCAAAAACUACUAUUGGCUAUUAUUCAAAUCCUUCAAACCCCUACUGUGGCCAACAACUUUAUUCCCUGAACUUGGGAACAAUAUACAGUAUAAAUACCUGUAUAACAACAUCAACAAUAUAUCAAUAUAAACAACACGACAAAAUAAGGAUGUUUGUGCAAAUAAACACAAAAUAGGACUGAAAAAUACUGAUCUCAUCAUGCUAGUAUUGAUCCGAUACCGUCGAAACUUGCAUUACCAGUCACCCGCCCACUCUUAUGCUGAGUUGGAGUUUACACUGGAUAUCUGCGUCUAUUUACAACGAUUCACACAACAUAUAAAUAUAGAAACGACUUUCAAUCUGUUUGGUGACUACAGACGGCUAGUUCCACAGCAAAUAUAUAUAAUGUACAGUAUACUGUAUAUAAAUGUAUUAAUGUGAGAGGGUAUUAGUCUGUUUCACUCUCCAAUGCAGUCGGUGGCGGUAAUGCACCUUUUACGUUGAGUGCCACCCGCCUUAAAACAAAAAGAAGAAGCACUUCCGGGUGUACUUCCGCGGAAUUUGCUGUAAACGCUGCAUGGAGCGAAAGUUAGACAAUAAUGACAAAAGCUUCAUAACGUUACAUUUUAUUGAAUUACACAGGUAGCUUUUAACCGUCUUUUAAUUCAAGGGAACCUCGGCUCACAAACCGUGGUGGCGUCCAACAUGGCGACGGCUGAUGACAUUGCUCAAUUGUGCUACGAGACUUUCAACGCGCUUCCCCACAGGGGGAAGCCUGAGCCGGGCAGAGAGUGGACCCUACUGGCAGCUGUUGUCAAAGUCACCCGAUGUGCCAAUUCUGACACAGUUGAAAAAGAAGUGGUUUCCCUCGGAACUGGGACAAAGUGCAUUGGACAAACAGCCAUGAGUCCCAAAGGUGAUGUGCUGAAUGACAGCCACGCAGAAGUCAUCGCAAGAAGAGGGUGCAUCAGGUAUCUAACCCAGCAGCUGCACAGAGCGGUGAGCGGGAGGGGAAGCCACGUGUUUUGUCGGGCGACGUGUCCAGGGAAAUGGAGGCUUCAGCCUGGAGUUUCCUUCCUCUUCUUCACCAGUCACACACCAUGUGGCGACGCCUCCAUCAUCCCCAUGACUGACAAGCAACCUCAACCGUGUACAUCCAUGAAGAGUGAUCAAGGGACGGCUGAAGGAAGCUUCAAAAGAAAAUCAAAAGCAGGCACAUCGUUGAAAAACUCCAAGCGGCUGUGUCGAGAAGAACGGUACGCUGAUGAGGAAAAAACAGACGAUGCUCACGACUCCGAACAAUCCUCACGUGACAGUGAGCCUUCACCCAGCCCGCCUGUGAAAACACCCAUUGUAGAUGGCAGGCAAGACUGCCAGCUCCCAGAUAUUCACAGAACGGGAGCCAAGUCCGUGCGAGGCGGCCCAUCUGAUCCUCUCCAACCCAGGACGGGCUACCACACCACAGGAUUGCUGCGCGUCAAGCCCGGCCGAGGAGAGCUCACGCUGUCUCUCUCGUGCAGCGACAAGCUGGCUCGCUGGGGCGUGCUGGGCUUCCAGGGUGCCCUCCUAUCCCAUUACUUAGAGGAAGCGCUGUACUUUCGCACCGUGGUGGUUGGGAUGUGCCCCUACAGCCAAGCAUCCAUGCAAAGAGCUUUGUACACAAGAUGUUCCCAUGUAUUGGAUCUCUGCGCUGGUUUCUCAGUGUGUCCACCAGUUUUUCUUCAGUCCAAACUGGAGUUCCCCUUCAGCCAAGCCCAGACUGAGCUCCAACACAUGGCCAAGCAAGGACGCAUUACCCCCUGUGGAGCAGCUAUCAGCUGGUGUAAGGUGCCUGAUCAACCACUAGAUGUCACUGCCAGCGGGUACAAACAAGGAGUCACCAAGAAGGCCCUGGGCACUGCUAAAGCUCGGUCUGCUUUGUGUAAACUGGAGCUUUUCCAUUCCUUCCUGUCUCUGGUGUCAGCCACCAAAGCUUCAGCACUUCCUGAUUCACUCAGGAGGACAGACCUGCACACAUACUUGGACUACAAGGAGGCAUCGGAAACCUACCAACAAGCUUGGCAGCAGCUUCGCAGCCAGGCCUUCCCUCUUUGGCCACGCAGUGACAGAAACCUCUUGCUCUUCCAAUGAAAGCCAACGUUGGAGUAAAAUAUAUCCUUUAAGGCUUGAUAGGAAGCAAACUCUUGAAGAUGGAGAAGAUAACUUUUUUGGUGCAGUGUAAUGAGCCCACAUAUACACUCUUAUUCAGAUAAGCUUGGGGUUUAACUCAGGAUAUGUUGUACUACAAAGCUAUAAAAGCACCGCCAUUAAUCGAGAACGCCCAGAGAACGGUGCACGGAUGGAUAAACGGUACAGGAUGCUAUUUAAGCAUUGCCCCUAAGUAGGGCUUGUAUGACGAUGGGUACGAAUGUUGAAGGGACAAUUGAAUUUACUACUGGUGAUCCCAAACUGUACCAUUAAAAUGGUAAUUAAGACAAUGAUUCAAAGAUGAGAAGAAUCAAGUACUAUUUUAUGAAUUCCCAGUACUCCUACAGGAGUGCUUAUGGUCCCUAUAUCCCAGGGAACAAGACUUUCCCGACCAUGUGCACUGAGUUGUCGAGCUUUUUCAUUUUGGUUUGGUAUUUUGUACAAUUAAAAAACUAAAAACCACCACUAAAACCAAUCCAAGGUGUGGAACAAAAUGAUUGGUAGACGGUGGAAAGAAAAGAGAGAUGGUGCAAAAAAAGAUUUGAGUAUGUACGAAAGCUUUAUCGUCUUUGUAGUCAACAGGGAUGUGUCAGAUCGCCAACCACCGUGAACUACGGGAGCUGAUUUUGCUGAUGUGUUAUUCCACUGCGAAGAGUUGGAAAUUUAUAAAUUAAUACACAUAAUCAGAUUGGGCCCUUUUGAGAUGGAAUUUUGUGUUUUAUAGUUAGGGUUUUUGUUGCAAAUUGUACCAUGCUGAGGAUAUAAAUAAAUCCCUUUCAACAAUAACAAUUUGACAAUUAUUAAUUAAUUAAUAAUUAAGUACAUUAUAUAUAUUUUAUUUGCAUUAUAUAUAUGUACACGCAUGGCGACUCUAAAUUGUCCAUAGGUAUGAAUGUGAGUGUGAAUGGUUGUUUGUCUAUAUGUGCCCUGCGAUUGGCUGGCGACCAGUCCAGGGUGUACCCUGCCUCUCGCCCAAAGUCAGCUGGGAUAGGCUCCAGCAUGCCCCCGCGACCCUAAUGAGGAGAAGCCGCAUAGAAAAUGGAUGGAUGGAUAGGUGCAGGCACACAAUUUUACCUAAAAUAUAUAAUACAAUUAAAUAAAAAAAUAUGCCAAAUGAAGAAAAACCAUGUCAACCAAGAGAAAUCCUUUAUUAUCAGCCAUUCUUAUGUCUCUGGACAAAGUCACAAGUAAAUGUGCAAGCAAUGGCUAGCUCUGCUUAUGUCGACACAAGUCAGCCAAUCUGACCACAGUAUUCACUAAGCUAUCGGAGUGAAACAUCAACAUCUUAGCUUUGUGUUAUAGAUAGCAAAGCAAAUUAUAGUGUAAUAUAGUAUACACCUUCAAUUCAUUGUCAGAAAAAAAACAAGCUGUGUGCCGAAAAUGCCCCUUAGGCCACCUUUUGGACACCCACGACAUAGACAGCGAUCACUCGUCUCUAGUUAUCUGUGCACAAAGAAAGACACCUGUCAUGCCAACCCAUCCGACCCUGCAUGACGCCCAUACAACUUGUUUGCGUUCCAUUUAUUUGUAUUGGUUACGUCCUCCAAGCUAGCCUAUCCUUUUAAAAUACCUAGAGUGUCUUUAACAUACAUUUAAUGAGCAUUACACACCAGUUAAAUAAAAUAUUAAAUAUUAGAACAUUUCUCUGUUAAGUGACACUUGCAUAUAUCCCUCCCCCCAAUUCAUCACCAAAACAUGAAAAUAACAUAGCCAAACAGCAAAGCAACAUUACUUGAGAGUAUUAUGGUGUAUGACCAGUCAUGCAUGUAGUUAGUAACCUUUAUUAUACAGUGUCCCUAAAGUCAUAGCCUAUACUGUACAGAAUUUAAUUAAAAAAUGCUAAUAUUGUUUUAUUAUUGUAUAGUAUGUGUUUUAGCCUUUGUGUACAGACUUUAGGGAAACCCUUGCAGUGCGUCCACCAGGGUUUCAACAGUAGUACUAGUAUGUGUAUAUUAGCAAGUAUGCAAGCACCUUCACAUCAAAGUAGACUUUGGAUAAAGAAGAAUGAACACUGCUGACUACGGUAUGAUUGAAAUGAACAGGUUAGUAAAUCAAUGUGGUAUCAUCGUGUGUAAUGUUAUUUGCAUGUUAGACUUCAGGGGUGUAUAUUGAUGUAAACAAUAACAUUGAAGACACUUGUGUUGCAUGUAGGAACACAAAGAUAAACUUGGUAAGUACGAUACAUUUUCUAUUGUUACGGACCCAUUCAGUAUCAUCGAUACUUAGCUGCUGUUAUUGUUUCACUUUUCGUUGCCUGGCAGCGACAAGUGCGACGAUAACACGCGCCGAACAAUCGAAAGCAGAUUGGUUACGUGAGGCGCCAAAAUAAACAGGAAGUUGGUCAGAUUUGAAGCAUUUCCGGGUUUGUGUGCUACGCGGACUACCUGACUCCUGUUUUUUUUUUUUUUUUAGUAGACUGAAUUUUAGUAAAUGAUACUGGAUCCCAGCAGAGUGCUAUAGUAAGUCUCUUAAUAAAAUAGU